AUGGGCUGGGUUGCUCAUCUGGGUCUAUUUACUACAGGUGAUGAUGAUGAUGGUGAUGAUAAAGACCCUGAGGACAUUGAAGAGGAAGUGAAAGACAGCAAGCGAGAUGCUGGCUCAGGGCACCAGACCGACUCCCCACAUCCUGCAAAUGGUAUGGAAUCUUUUCCCUGUGAUGCCCCAAUACCCAGGAACUGGACCAAUGGGACUCUCCUCUGGAUUCAGCACGAUUCAAUGGGCAAAAAGACUGUGCUGGUGACCGUGUCGCUGUGGCGCUCCAUCACUAACCACUUGCUGUUGAUGAGGACCAAUGACAUCAUUCUGAUGCUGCCAGCGGCGACAUCCGCAGAUGCUGGGAACUACACCUGUCAGUGGAAGGAUCAGGCCCACCAUUUUCAGCUGGAGGUGGCAGCAAAGCCAGCUGCUUGGCUACAAUUAGGAGCCCAGCACUGGAUAAUCUGGACUGUGGCCUUGGUACAUAUGAUCGCCUGCCUUGGUUGCCUUUUCUGUUUCCUGUGGCUCCGGCGAGCCAUUCGUGUUCGUAGGCAGAUGAAGCUGAAGGGUCCUGUCCGGAGAAGGUACUUCUGUGCCAAGAGGAACAGGCCACAUGCUUCCAAUGGGGUUCUGGUGGUGCCCUCAGCAAUUGAAGAUGUCCGUGAGCAGGUGGAUGCCUUCUCCUAUGAGAAUGUGUUGCCAGACGCGGGUCCAAGGCGUGGCUGUCAGCUGCUUCAGAAAGGCAAGAUCCUACCCAAUACCACCAACAUGGAAGAUGAAGAUGAAGAAGAAUAUGAACAUCCAGACAGUGAAACAGAGCUCAAGUCAGAUGAUGAUGACAACUACGAGAACACCCAGGAAGAAGUGAAACAGGGAGAUGCGGCUUUGAACGAUAUAUCACUUUAUGAAAACAGAAAGGACGAGACCAAGCCCGGCUCCCAGAAGUGGGGCUCAGCUGACCCAUGGUAUGCAAACAAUACUCAGCAGUCUAUGAAGAACCUGGUCCAAGAUCCACUUGCUGAAGAUAGUGAGAACUAUGAGAACUUGGAAGAAGAGGUUCCUGUUUCCCCUGGUGCAGCCCGACUUAUAGCAGGUUUACGCAGGCAGCUGGCCCUGGACCCCCAUGUGGACAAGCAGGAUGGAUGCAGUGAGACAUCUACAGGCUCCCAGUCCUAUGAAGAGAUGAAUGGGUCCUUGUGCCCCACUUCAAGCAAGGUUCUCCACCUUCAUUCCAACAUAAGCAACGAGGAAGAUGCCGAUUCCUAUGAAAAUAUGGAGAGCCCCAACAGUGUCAAUUCACGGAAGGAAGGCAACAUGGAUUCAUGUGGAGAAGGCAUUGCCUUUGGUCUCCCACGGCAACAUCACUCCAUACCUUUCGGGGUUGAUCUUAGAGGGGGGAUGCUGUGCUCAGACUAGAACUAGCCCAAGGCGUUGGGGAGGCAGGCUCAGGAGCUUGAACCUUCGGCAAUUCCUUUCCUAUCUCAGCCAGGACGCAAUGUUUCUACCCAGAAACUGGGACCACACAAACUAUUCUUCACGUUUCAGCACUCCAGAUCCUCUUGGAGCAGAGGAGUGAGGAGUGCUUCCAGAAUGCUAGAAGAGGGGGUCCGGAGAUCGCAUUCCUGGGUUUGAUCUCCAGGACUAGGAGCAGUAUGGAGUCCUACACAUCCGAAAUGGAAACGGAAAGACUGAGCUGGAGAUAUGCAAGUACAUUUUUUAAAAAGUUGAAAGUAAAGAGCAGCCAUUUCUAGUGGAAGAAACACAUCUUUCUUUUGUUCCGCAAUUGUUACCUCCAGCCAAACUUUGAAACAAUACAGAAGCUGAUUUUGUAGGUGUUCUAGAGUGGUUAGGCUGAUGUGGGUCUGCACACACUCAUUUUUAGCCAGAUGUAGAUUAUUUCCUCAGAGAAUCAAGCUCUGGUGCAAUUGGUCCUUCUUUCCAGAAGCCAGUUGUGCAGAGUCCUGACUGUCAAGCCCUUGUGACAAUCAUGAAGGUACCUCCUUCCUUUCAACCCAACUGGCUGUUCAGAGUGCUGAUUGGCUGACCCCCUACAAUGAUUACAAAACCACACACUCCUAGCCUUGUCAAGCUGUCCAAUGCAUCAUCUGUUUGAGACUUGGUGUAUUGGUCAAGAAUAGUCCAACAUUUCAAAAUCCUGUAAGCAGUGCCUUUCCAUAUGGCUCCAUUUUUUUAUAUUA